AAGUAUCCAUCCAUCUUGAAUGGGGGACCAUCGCACCCCCUUUGGAUGUUUCAGGAAUGAUUCAUCCAAAUUCGUUUGAUUCGUUUUCCUUUGUCGUCUUUCUGCCCCUUUCCCUCUCUCUUUGGUCCCGGGAUCAAUUGUUGCUCCUCUGCACCAACCGUUUCCUCUGUGUGACUGUGUGUGUGUUGUGGGAGAGAGGCAACUGGCCAUGGCUCAGGGAGAGAGAGAUUCCGAGUUUUUCUUGGAGAGUGAGGAAAAUGGUGAUAAUAUGGAAGACAAGAAGCUUGAUGAUGGUGAUGAUGGCGGUAUCAGUAGUGGUGAGGAAGAGCUGGGAGAGGAUUGCGACGAGGAGGCGAGUCACAAAUCGAACUCGCCUUCUUCUUCGCCUUUCUCUUCUCACCAAUGGCCUCAAAGUUACAGGGAGACCACAGAUUCUUACACAAUUGCUGCAUCGCCAAUUUUUGGAUCCUUUCAACACCCAUCCAGUGUAAGAGAUUCAGGUUGUGCUAUAGGCGCAAAAAGUAAAUUAAACUUACACAUAAAGACACCACUGCUAUCCGAAUAUGAUACUAUUUAUCAGGAGGAGGAUAUUGAAAGGAUCUCGAGAACCCAAUCAUCAUGGUCAGAGAAAGCAUCGUUACAUAAGCAACUCACUGGAGAACUUCCCAUUGGCCAUGGUUGUAGCUUUACUCAAACUGUAUUCAAUGGAGUAAAUGUAAUGGCUGGAGUUGGGCUUUUGUCUACACCUUAUACCGUGAAGGAAGCUGGGUGGGCAAGCCUGGUAGUGCUUGUUCUUUUUGCAAUUGUCUGUUGUUAUACAGCUUCUCUUAUGAGAUAUUGUUUUGAGAGCAGAGAAGGCAUAUUGACUUAUCCAGAUAUUGGAGAAGCUGCAUUUGGCAAAUAUGGCCGGCUUUUUAUAUCUAUUGUUUUGUACGCAGAAUUAUAUGUAAGUGAAGGUCUGAUGUCAUAUUGUGUGGAAUUCAUUACUUUGGAAGGGGACAAUCUUACCAGACUAUUCCCUGGUGCAUCCUUGGAUUAUGGUGGUUUUCAACUGGACUCCAUGCACUUAUUUGGAAUUGUAACAGCCAUAAUUGUUCUACCAACUGUUUGGUUGCGGAAUCUCCAUAUUAUAUCUUACCUUUCAGCUGGAGGGGUCAUUGCAACGAUUGUCAUAGUUAUCUGUGUGAUUUUUCUCGGAACAAUAAAUGGAAUUGGAUUUCAUCAAACCGGUCAAGUAGUAAACUGGAGUGGUAUUCCUUUCACCAUCGGUGUAUAUGGGUUUUGCUAUUCUGGGCAUUCUGUGUUUCCAAACAUUUACCAAUCAAUGGCUGAUAAGAGAAAGUUUAGCACAGCACUAAUAAUUUGCUUCCUUUUGUGUGUAAUUAUAUAUGGAAGUGUUGCAAUUAUGGGAUUUCUCAUGUUUGGUCAAGGCACAUUAUCCCAGAUAACAUUGAACAUGCCACCAGAUAUGUUGACCUCCAAAGUUGCAUUGUGGACAACAGUUAUCAACCCAUUCACAAAAUAUGCCCUGUUGAUGAACCCAUUGGCGAGAAGUAUUGAGGAACUGCUGCCAGUUGGAAUUGCAAACAGUUUCUGGUGUUUCAUUCUUCUGAGGACAGCACUUGUUAUUUCUUCUGUUUGUGUUGCAUUUCUUCUGCCAUUCUUUGGUCUUGUGAUGGCUUUAAUUGGUUCAUUUCUUAGCAUACUCGUGGCUGUAAUAAUGCCAGCUUUAUGUUUUCUGAGAAUUGUAAAGGACCCAACAACAACUCAGAUUGUUUCGAGUGUCACAGUUGUUGCAAUAGGUGUCAUCAGUGCAGCCCUGGGAACAUACUCGUCGCUGUCCAAAAUUGCAAAGAAUUACUAAGAUGUUCGAAUACUUCAACAAUGAAAAAAUAUAGGAACAUUUAUCUGUUGUUAUAUGGUUUACAUUAUACAAAUCUGCUUCUUGACAAUUUGGGAAAUCACUCACUUUGGAUGUUAAGUGCUUUUUCUUUAUUUUUAGCCAUGAAGGGAUUGUACUAGAUGUGCAUACAAUAGAACAAGUUAAGUUGCUUGAAACAUUCACACUUUA